UUUAUUUUAGAAAUGAAAUGAUUUUGCUAUGAGCUCAAACAAAACCACUGGUGGUAUAAAAAGAGAAAUGUAUGAAUACAGCGACAAUAAGGAGCCUUCUUCAAGUCUUAGCCCAAAAAAAGAGGAAUAAUUUACUCAAAAUUUUCAAAAUGCUCUUAUUUUCACUUUCUGACAACCUGCAGCCAGUACCAAUCUCCUUGCUACAAUUCUGCAUUGCUCUAGAUACUCUAUCCUGCCCCUCAAACCCUUCUUUAAGACCCAAGUAAUUCCCGGACUCCUGGCCAUGGCUCAGUUCAAAUCCCAAAUUUGUAUGAAACCUAGUGCAAAAUUUUUACGAAUUCGUAAAAAUCUGACUUUGAAUGAGGCAAAGUUUUUAUUCAUUAAAUUUGACAUUGCAAAGAAGUGUAAAGGGGUAAAAGGUUAUG